ACAGUGAGCGACAGAAUAGGAAAAGCUACGGCUCGAACAGUCGCUCAGCAUCUCUACCAGGUAAUGGACAAGUCUCGGUAGGUCGCUGCUGUGCAUAUCGGGUUUAGGAGGAACGGUUUGGAUUUCAGAAGCCUCUGGAGCAGCCGCCGCAGCUAAUUGAGCUCCUCUCCUAAUUUGGCUUUGAGGUUGAAAUAGCAGUCAACUACACGGCCCAACCGGAGUCUAAGAUGCCCAAUGCGAGGAGAAGAGAAAUGUAAAUGGCUUCCAAAGUAAAAGAUGCUGUAGUGUGGUACCAGAAAAAGAUUGGCGCCUAUGACCAACAGAUAUGGGAAAAGUCGGUGGAGCAGCGAGAGAUAAAGGGCUUGAGGAACAAGCCGAAGAAGACGGGGCACGUCAAACCGGACCUUAUCGAUGUGGACCUGGUUAGAGGUUCUGCAUUUGCCAAAGCCAAACCGGAGAGUCCAUGGACGUCCCUGACCAGGAAGGGCAUCGUCAGGGUGGUGUUCUUCCCGUUCUUUUGUCGAUGGUGGAUCCAGGUCACCUCCAGAGCCAUUUUCCUCAUCCUGCUGGCUCUGUACCUGCUGCAAGUGGCGGCAGCCGUCCUGUACGUGACCAUCCCUCAGCCUCACGGGAUCCCAGCCACCGAGGUGUUUGGGGCCAUUUGGCUCAUGCUGCUGCUGGGCACCGUCCACUGUCAGAUCGUGUCCACCAGAACCCCGAAACCCGCUUCCAGCAGCGGAGGGAAGAGGCGACGGAAGUUGAGGAAGGCCUCUCAGAUGGAGGUGCAUAGGGAAGGCGACGGGUCUAGCACUACCGAUAACACACAGGAGGGGUCGCCACACUCCCACUCAGCCAGCACUACAUACAGCCUGGGCGCUCUCUUCCAAGAUUUCUGGCAUGAUAUCUGUAAAGCUGGAUCCAAGAAGUCCAAGCUGUCCAUCGACAAGUCGACGGAGACGGACAACGGCUACGUGUCGCUGGACGGCCGGGUGACCAACCGCAGCAGCGAGGAGGGGCUGCAGCUCCACCAGCAGCCCAACCGGGCCGAAGAGCUGCGCUGGGGCUCGCACGUCCUGGCGGCGCACGGCCGCGCGGCCCGCGGCCCGGGCCCCGCGCUGGCCGCCGGCAGCAAGGAGCCGGCGUCGGACGAGGCGUCCAGCGAGGAGGAGCCCGACGCGUCGUACGGCGCCCUCCGCCGAGGAGUGGAGAGGAUCAGCGGCGAGUGCGCGCUCCGGAACCGCAAGAACACGCACCACUACAAGAAGCACUACACGGCGGAGGACCUCCCCAAGUCCGGCACCAGCUGCAGCUCCAGAUGCUCCAGCCUGAGGACCCAGGAUUCGGAAAGCACGCGGCACGAGUCGGAGACGGAGGACCUGAUGUGGGAGGACUUCCUGCACUGCGCCGAGUGCAGAUCGUCCUGCACGUCGGAGACAGAGGGCGAAGGAGGCGGAACAUCCGUGUGUCCUCCCGCUAAAAAGGAGUACAGGGACGACCCCUUCCAUCAGGGUCACGUUCCUUGGCUGCACAGCUCCAAUCCGGGCCUGGAGCGAGUCAGCGCCAUAGUGUGGGAGGGAAACGAGUGCAAGAAGGCCGACAUGUCGGUCCUGGAGAUCAGCGGCAUGAUCAUGAACAAAGUGAACCUCUACACCCCCGGCAUCGGUUAUCAGGUCUUUGGGAACCUGGUGUCGGUGACGCUGGGACUCACGCCGUUCGCGUACAGACUGGCCCAGUACUGCGACUUGGAUCAGCUGACGUCGCUGUCUGCCAACGAGCUGCUGUCUGUGGCCCUCGGCUGCGGGUCCGGGUCGGACGCGCUGGUCAUCACCAUGGUAACGCUGAGCUUCGUGGUGCGCGCCUGCCUCAUCUGGCUGUUCUUCUUCCUGCUCAGCGUAGCGGAGAGGACGUACAAACAGCGGCUACUGUUUGCCAAGCUGUUUGGGCACCUGACGUCGGCCCGCAGAGCCAGGAAGUCCGAGGUUCCCCACUUCAGGCUCAAGAAGGUUCAGAACAUCAAGAUGUGGCUGUCGCUGCGCUCCUACCUGAAGAGGCGAGGUCCCCAGCGAUCGGUGGACGUGAUCGUGUCGUCCGCCUUCCUGCUCACGCUCUCCGUCGUCUUCAUCUGCUGCGCGCAGCUGCUCCACGUCCACGAAACGUUCCUGGAGUGUCACUACAACUGGGAGCUGGUCAUCUGGUGCUCCAGUCUGUCUCUGUUCCUGCUCAGGUUUGUCACCCUGGGCUCCGAGACCAGCAAGAAGUACAGCAACACCUCCAUACUGCUCACGGAACAGAUCAACUUGUAUCUGAAAAUGGAAAAGAAGCCAAACAAGAAGGAGGAGCUGACGCUGGUCAACAACGUCCUGAAACUGGCUACGAAGCUACUCAAGGAGCUGGACACGCCGUUCAGGCUGUACGGUCUGACGAUGAACCCUCUGCUCUACAACAUCACCCAGGUGGUCAUCCUGUCCGCCGUGUCCGGAGUCAUAUCCGACCUGCUGGGCUUCAACCUGAAGUUGUGGAAGAUCAAGUCAUGACAGCGAACAGAAGCCGACCUGGACGCGUUGGAGUGGUUUGACCUUCUACAUUCCCACUUUGUGCAAUUCAUUAUUUAUUUACCUACUCAGUGUUUUUACUUUGGGUUUAUUUGAAUUCUAGUUAGUUUUGUUGUUUUCUAUGACACAAAUUGUUGUAUUUUAUCUGUCUUUAAAGUGUUACAAGCAUAAAUUAUUAUCAUGCUGGGUUUAGGUUCUCGGCCGCAUUGGCGACGCUGCCAACGGGACGAACGUUACUGUAAUCGCCGCGUCGCUGAAAGCGAUGGCGUAAAUGUCUGUUAUGUUGUCGUCAAAGUAGGACGCGUGCGGCAGCUCCAAGCGAUGGCGUCAAAGUCACUGAGAGAAGCUGUGUUUGGACUGGAACGGGGCAUUUAACGGACGUUAGUGGUUUGGUUCUCAGCCUGGGUUUUAUGGGGCGCCGCGUUGAAAGGGUUUUUUUGGGGGGGGUUUGUUUUAACAGUAUUUCCAGCAAUAUCCGUGCGUCGCGCCGCAGAGCCGAUACAGGACACGUCUGUUACAAUGCUGUCAGAGCCCGGUGUUUGUCUAGAUUCCCUCAGAUCGUGCGUAAAGCUUUUAGGGAUGUCAAGUUGUGGCAUCAGGCAAAAAAAGAAAAAAAAAAGCCACCAUGUUGCUUUUUCUCCAGCUUCAUCACGUGCAGAACCCAGUUUUCACAGAACGUCCUUCACUGCGAUGCGGCGAGGGACAGGUGUCACCAGUAGCGCAGAGAGAGAGGGAGCCGCUCCUCUGUGGCCGUUCUAGGACAAUCCAGAUGUUUGCGUGUGGAGCUGGAGCUUCUGAAGUCGGACGCGUUGGUGUUCGAGCGCUGACAGGCGUCUGCAGAGGGUGAUGUGCACUUUACCAUUGGCUUCUCGAGGGGAACAGGGCGCUGUUAGAACGUCGGGCAGUUGUUUCAGUCAGACGGUGAGACUCUCGUAGGUACGUGACUUUAUUAUGUCCCACAGAAAAGACUUCAAUGUAGACGCGUACGGAAAUUCACGAGGCGCGGGUGUUGAGGAAGGAAGACCAAAGUGCUUAUUUGACUGUUUGUUUCUCUGCUGGAAAACGAAUGUAUUUGCAGCGUCACGCUUUAAACCGCGUUUCCCUGUGGAAAUGCCUUAUGUGGGUUUUUAUUUGCACGUGGGGUCGUGCUUGUUUUCGGUCAUUAUUCAUUAGUCGAGACGGUUCACGACGGCAGUCGGGGAAAAAGGGCACGUUUUACUGAACAAAGAGUGAAAUGUCUGGGAAAGCCUUUGUGACUGUGUUGAGUCUGAGUACUUUGAUUUUUUUUGUGAACUGGUCUCUCCACAAAGUCUGCAAUGUGUUUUUGUAAGAAAAAUAAAUUGUCAGAGAACCAGA